AUGGCGCCGAAAAGAGUGGCCAUCAUUGGAGCAGGAGCCAGCGGGCUGCCGGCCAUUAAAACCUGCCUGGACGAAGGUCUGACCCCUGUCUGCUUUGAGAGGACGGAUGGUUUAGGUGGCCUGUGGCGUUACACAGAUGAACCUAUUGAAGGUCAGGGAUGUGUGAUGAAGUCCACGGUGAUCAACACCAGCAAGGAGAUGAUGUCUUACAGCGACUUCCCUAUACCCGACAAGUACCCCAUCUACAUGCAUAACACCCAGGUCUACGAAUACUUCAAGAUGUAUGCUUCACAUUUCGGCCUGGAGAAGUACAUCAAUUACAACACGGAGGUUCUGCACGUCAGACGAAGCCAGAACUUUGAGCUCAGUGGACAAUGGGAGGUAAUUCAUCGCAACAAGCAGACGGGGGAAGAGACCAGGGAAGUCUUUGAUGCCGUUCUGGUGUGUACAGGGCAUCACGCAGACAAACAUGUGCCCACGUUUCCGGGCAUCAGUGAAUUCCAAGGAAAGGUUCUCCACAGCCACGACUACAAGCGGCCAGACGGGUUUGAAGACAAGAGGAUCCUGGUCAUCGGGAUAGGCAACUCCGGGGGCGAUGUGGCCGUGGAACUCAGCAGGAAAGCUUCUCAGUCAGGAGCAGGAAUCGUUUGGCACUCUCACGAAACAUAUCCAGUGGAAAGGGGUAUAAUUAGAGUAUUUUGCGCCUAUA